UUGUCACUUUCACUCAGACACUCUCAGCCCCGAAAAACCAUGGCGUGCGUUCUAGGCGUGGCCGUUCGAAGCGUUCUCGUAUUAGCCGCGUUUAUGGCAACAUCCAGUGUGUGCAAAGCCAUUGAAUGGGAUCCAAGAGGUUAUGUUUUAUACUGUCCAUGUAUGGGCCGUUUCACCAACCAAGUUGAUCAACUCCUUGGCUCACUUUACUUCGCUAAAACGAUCAACCGAACACUAGCUAUUCCUCCGUUCAUUGACUACCCCUGCGGCAAAAAAUCUCACGGUCACGGCAUACAGCUACCGAUCCACCUAGCGCCAAAUAUUUAUGUUCCAUUUACUGACAUCUUUGACUUGGAAGCCGUACAAGAAUAUCACAGUGUGAUCAGUAUGGAGGAUUUUAUGGAUGAUCUUGCACCAUACCACUGGCCACAAGGACAGAGAAUCGCUUACUGCUCUAGAAAAGCGGCUGACUUCAACGAAGAUUCUUACGGUGAUUGGAUCUGUCCUAGGCCUGGUAAUCCAUUCCAAGAUUUUUGGGAAUACUUUGACAUCAACUUUGAUCGAUCAGAGAUCUGGGAUGAUUUACAUUACAACGUAGAUUACGAUGAAUGGAGGAAAGGUUGGGUAAACACGUACGAUCCAUCGUCGCAUCCAGUGAUCACAAUGAUGGGGGCACCAGCACAGUUCCCAGUCACGGAAGCAAACGAACCACUACAAAGAUACUUGCAGUGGAAUCCAGAGACAGUUGAAGAAGGUGAUGACUACAUCGAAAAAAAUUUGAAACGCCCAUUUAUUGCUAUUCAUUUACGAAAUGGCGCUGAUUGGUCAUCAACUUGUAACAUGGCCGAUGGUAAAACGUACACACACUUGAUGUCUUCACAACAAUGUGUUGGUUACCAUAGAGACAGAGCUUCCCCAGUUACCAGGGCGAUGUGUAUGCAGACUGAGGUGCAGGUAGUGCGGGAGGUGCGUGAAGUUGCUGAACGGAUGCAUGCACAGUCUGUUUACGUGGCAACCGACCACCAACCAAUGUUGGAAGACCUUGCUGACGGACUUGAGGAUCUAAAUAUUGAAGUGUUUCACUUAGAUCCAGAGAAACCACAAUUAGAUUUGUACAUCAUGGGUAAAGCCGAUCACUUCAUUGGAAACUGCGUAUCAUCAUUCUCUGCAUUUGUGAAACGUGAACGUGACAUCAACGAAAGACCUACAACAUUCUUUGGCUGGAAAGGAACAACCCACGAUGAAUUGUAAUGCUGCCCUCAUUUAUGAAUAUGAUAAUUUCUUUCUUUUUUAUUUCUCUAUAAAUUUCACAUUUGCCUGGACGCAGCAGACAUGAUUCAAUAUUUGCUGUUUCCUUCUAUUAAUAUUUGCAUAGCGCAAUCAUCAGGUGCUUUCUCCAUAUCAGUUUUUCUUGUACUUUGCUUUCAAUGCUACACACUUUGUAACUGAAUAAAAACAGUGCACACAUUACAAAAGUCGCUUCACAAAAAAUAUCAAAAAAAGUGAUUGUUUCUGGUAGUGCCUUCGAAUUGCAGCUUUCUAAGUACACGUGUACUCUAAAACUCUGAUUAAAUGUUGCCAGUAUCUUUUUUUGUUGAAUGUUAGCAGUUCCACUAAAGAUGAAGAUGCAUUCAAACUACGUCCAUGUAUUGUAGAAUACAACUCUCAUUUGAACAUUUUCCAUAUUUGAAACAGAUUGAUAUUUCCUAUGUCUUUUAUGUAUUUUAGCUAAGAAGUACUAGAAGUCUCCAUCCAUAAUGGCAGACAUUCACAUUCAGUAUUGUGUACUGCAUUUCCACAAGUGACAUUAUUACACCACAGUUCAGCAAAUGACGAGGGAUGGUAAAUCAUUUGGUUACCAUGGUGAUCGAAAUCUGUAUAAAAGUUGAAUAUUUGUACAUUUUUGAUGAAAAGUAAAUAAAGUAUUGAAUUUCUAAA